GGGAGCCGCGCGCUCCGAGGGGCCGGACCUUCUUCUCUGCAACUCGCCUUCAGUCAAGUCACUUCUCAGUUCCUCCUGUCUCCUGCUCAGUUUGCAUGAUCCAGCUGAUUUCCCGUCACCCUCUCUGUUAGUUUUAUUUUUUUUCUGCUGAACUCGAACCGGCUCGUUUAAGACUCGGAACCGGACUCGAUACCAGGAGGAUUACCUUCGAGUGUUUUUAUUUAUUUAUUUAUUUAUUUUGGACUUGGAGUUUUUCUCAGUCUGUCUGAUUCUCUGCGAGGCGCACAAGAUGGAAUCGUCCCCGCUGGGAGCACCGUAGAAGCGAGCCCAUACUUCAGACAGUGACAGAUACAAGAAGAUUGUUACCCAGAAUCAUCGUUUGUCUUGACGUCAGGCACUAAAACAAGGUUCCGUGGCGGUGCCCGCGUCCAACACGCAGUUUUUCCCCAUGGACCUCAGGGUGGGAGAGCGGGGGAUGCGCCCUGGUUCGGACACGGCGCUCCUCACUCCUCUGCACCCGACCAUACACCUCACGCCGUUCUCCCCGCAGGCCCGCGCCUCCUUCUCCCAGCAGCAACUGCACCAGCAAAUCAGGUUUAACAUGGAACAGAGGAGGCGAGAACACGAGCACCACGAGAAACAACAGGAGCUGCAGCAACUAAAACACAAGGACAAAAGCCAACAGAGUGCUGUGGCGAGUUCACUGGUAAAACAGAAACUCCAGGAGGUGAUUCUCAAGAAGCAGAAGCAGGCAUUGCUGGAACGAACAACCUCGAACGCUCUGACUUCACUUCCUGUGCCCUACAGGAAUUUGGGUCCAGACCCCAGUGUGUCCUCUCAGGCUUUAGUUUCACCUCCUUCACAGUCUCUGUCUGAGGUCUCAGAGGGGACGCCGCUGCGCAGAGCAGCAUCUGAGCCCAACCUGAAAGUGAAGCACAAGCUGAAGAAACACCUGAACACCCGCAAGAGUCCGCUCACCCGCAAAGAGAGCGCCCCGCCCAUCAUCAAGCAGAGAACACCGGACACUCUGGCAGACUCUUCCCCCAGCAGCAGCAGCACUCCAGUCUCUGGUUGUAGUUCUCCUAACGACAGCGGGCCCAAUGAGAAUGGACUACUGCCAUCUGCAGGCGGCCUCUCACACGAGGCCCAGAAGCUGCUGCUCAGAGACGGAACUCUGGCAAACUUCACCAUUCAGAGUCCGUCCACUCUGCCCACCAUCACACUCGGUCUGCCGGCCAACUCACGGGCUGAAGGAGAACUGUCUUCUCUGAAAGUCAGUCGGGUUCCCAUGGUCACUGCUGGGGGCACACCGGUCUUCCUGCCCCUCAGCAGAGAAGACCAAGCYGGGCAGAUGAACCACCACUUGCCUGUUAUCAUCCUGGAGCCCUCUGGACUCGUCCACCCUCCCAUCAUCACCGUUCCAGGUCUGGAAUCGGUACCGUUGCAGUUUGCGCCACAGUUAGACCACCUUUCUCCAGGUGGCGUUCAGUCCCACAAGCCUCUGAGCAGGACGCGCUCAGAACCCCUUCCCCAGAGCCCCCACACCCUGCACACGCAACUCCUUCAUCAACAGCACAGCGCACAAAUACUGGAGAGGCUCAAGCAGCAGACUCCCCUGGGCAAGCUGAUGUCGAAGUCCAGUGAGAAGCCCAGGCUGCAUCAGAUCCCCUCUGAGGAAAUGGAUUCCGAGGACGGCGGCGGGACGUCGCCCACGGACCAGACCUAUCACAGCAGAGCGAGGGCAGAGUCCCUCAGGGAGGCGGAGCCGACUGGAUCCAAGACCCACGAAGAGCUGAACCUGCAACACGCGCUCAUACUUAACCAGUCUUUGUUAUGGGAGCAGCAGAAGCAGCUGCAGGAGUUGCACCAACACAUGAAGAACCUGGCAGUUCCUGUGUUACGCAGCGGCGGUGGURUUGCUUGUGGUUUAGGCGUUCAUCGCCCCCUGUCGCGUACGCAGUCAUCCCCWGCCUCCACCUCCCUCACCCUGCCUGAGAAAACCCUGAGCCUGGCCCCUCAGGACCCCAGCAGCAAACCACGCUUCACCACCGAGUAUUCGUGGCCGUAAAGCCACUCUGGAGGAGCUGCAGUCAGUUCAUACGGAGCGCCACGUGUUGUUGUACGGAACGAACCCGCUCAACAGACUCAAACUGGACAACCGCAAACUGGCUGGAAUCCUCUCUCAAAGGAUGUUUGUGAUGUUGCCAUGCGGGGGUGUUGGGGUUGAUAAUGACACCAUCUGGAACGAGUCGCACACCUCCACCGCAUCGCGCAUGGCGGCGGGCAGCGUCGUCGAGCUGUCCUUCAGGGUGGCCAAGGGAGAGCUCAAG